AUACCAUCUUUGAACAACAAAACACUAGAAAAAAACGAUUUUCUAUAUUUUCCGAGCUCACUCAACUCAUCUCCUCUAUCCAAUUCUCACAAUGAAACCAAAUCUUAUAAAACCAAAUUCCUGUCAUUCCCUCACCCCAUUUCUUUCAAUUUCUUCAAAGAACCCUAUUUUAAUUCCCAAAACCUCAAUUUCGCUACCCAAAUUCCUCCCUUUAACGUCCCACUUAAUGAGAAAACACUCUCUUUUGCCCCCAAUUCACUCUUCAAAAACUCGCUCUACACCAUAUAGCUCCAAUAAACAAUCAACAUCAAACCCCAUAUCAGAAAGUUCAGUUCCUGAAGAAAAUUUGCAGACUGAAUUCAAUGUACAAGUAGCAACACCAACUCUUCCCUCUUAUCUUCCGCCCGCUAAACUAAGCUUGAGUGAUCAAGCUUUCUUUUUGCUGACUUUUAUUGCUUGCACGACUUCUGUCGCUUUCACCAGCCUUGUUAUUUCAGCUGUUCCUACACUCUAUGCAAUGGGGAGAGCGGCAACAUCUCUUGCAAAGCUAGCAGAUACUGCUCGCGAGGAACUUCCCAGUACAAUGGCCGCAAUUAGGCUUUCAGGCAUGGAAAUCAGUGAUCUCACUCUGGAACUGAGUGACUUAAGCCAAGAAAUUGCUGAUGGGGUCAACAAAUCAGCCCAAGCUGUGCAGGCAGCAGAAGCUGGAAUCCGACAGAUUGGUACAGUUGCUCGCCAACAAACCAUCUCUAUGAUUCAAGAGAGGGCAAGUCUCCCUAUCAUCUCUUUGCAACCAGUUGUUGCUGGGGCUGCAAAGAAAACCUCCCAUGCUGUUGGCCAAGCCACGAAGUCGUUCAUGAAUAUGAUCUCUAGAGGGGAGUUCAGCUCUGAGAACGGAGAUGACAAUGGAAUUGAUAGGGUGGAAAUCUAAUGAAGUUGGCUGCAUCCAAGUUCCCUUCAAUGAAUUGCUUACUGCCUGUGUAAAUAGAUAAGAGAAACUGAGGCAUCAGCCCAAAUGGUUGAUUGUAUUUGGACAGUACGAAUGCCCAUAAAUUCCAAAUAUCAAAGAAAUAGAAAGUCCAUUUGUUCCACCUC